AUGCCGAGGCCCAUCGAGGCGGACGUGCACAGCGCGUUUAUGGAAUUCCGCAACGCAGAGGAAAAGUGCAUGUCGGUCCAGUGUCUCUUCUGCCACCAAGUCCGCGCAAAGAACACCACCAGGCAGAAGCAGCAUCUCGCCCAAUGCACUGCCUACCUCGCCCAGCACCCUGAGGCCGCUGCUGCCAUCAAGUCUUCUCUUGAGCAGCAUGCCCAGGUCCAUGAUGGCUCCCAACAACACGUCUCGGGCGGCCACGGCGGCAGCAUUUCCCAUGGUCCCGGCGGUCACGGCCACGGCGCCGGUCAGGACAACGGCGGUAACAACGCCAACCUGAACGUCGCCAACCAGGCUCAAAACCAGCACCAGGCCGCCGCUAAUGUCGGCGCGACCAGUGUCUAUCCCGAGCCUACCUCACUCGACCCUCAUCAGCACACCAACUUGGGCUUCACUCCGAAUGCCCGCAUCAACGGCACCAGCACCCCUCAUGGCACCGGCACCCCUAUCCCUCAGCACAUUCGCCCCAUGUCUGGCGCAUCCAGCGCUCCUCCCGCCAAACGCCAGAAGACCAAGCAGACCAACCCCAACCUGCCCGAGAUUCCCCUUGCCGAGGUCCAUGCCGCCUUCGUCGAGUUCCAGGCUAAGGAGGGCGAUAAGUGCCUGUCGGCCAAGUGCAUCUAUUGCAACCAAGUGCGUGCGAAGAACACGUCCCGCCAGCGUGAGCAUCUGCUCCAGUGCCCUGGCUACCAGGCCACUAUGAAGGACAGGAUCCCGGCGAACAACCUUCUGCACCACUUCGACGAGGACGAUGUCGCCGCCUCGCUUGCUCUGCCUACCCCUACCCUCGAACUUGACUUCCGUAUGAGCAUCCGGGUCAAGCCCAAGAUGAACAUUGGCGACGGCCCCUACGGCCGUCAGACCUGGAUCUCUUGCAUUGGUGGCCAAUGGGCUGGUCGCUGGGGCAAGGGCAGUGUCCUUGCCAACGGACAAGAUACUCAGACCUCUUUUAAGGAAACAGAGACGAAGAUCGACGCCCGUUACCUGAUCCAGACCAACGAGGAGCAACCUGCUAUGAUCAUUUGCAAAGUCGAGGGCUGGUGGGUCGGCGACAAGGAGAUUAUGGAGCGUCUCCAGGACCCGGUCGCCGCAGACAACGUUGCGGCCAACCGCUACAAGCUGCGUGUUGUCAUCAAGCUGGAGACUGGUGACGGGCGUUACGCGGAUCUCAACAGCGGCGUCUGGGUCGGCAGUGGUUGCCGCCGCGGCGCCGAGAUCGUCUACGAUGCCUACCGCGUCAACUGA